UUCUUACCCACAAACACCUUUCUUUGUAUUCUAGUUUAUUCUGUGUUCCCUCUUAAUUCUCUCUCUCUCUCUUGACUCUUUCUGUCUAUUUUUGGAAAGAAAAGCAAAAAUAGCAAUAAUUAACAACUAUGGCUAGAGAGAAAAUUCAGAUCAAGAAAAUUGAUAACGCAACAGCAAGACAAGUAACUUUCUCAAAGAGAAGAAGAGGGCUUUUUAAGAAAGCUGAAGAACUUUCUGUUCUUUGUGAUGCUGAUGUUGCUCUCAUUAUUUUCUCAUCUACUGGAAAACUCUUUGAGUAUUCUAGCUCCAGCAUGAAGGAAAUUCUUGAGAGGCGUGAUUUGCAUUCAAAGAAUUUGGAAAAAUUAGACCAACCAUCACUUGAGCUGCAGCUAGUAGAGAACAGCAAUUACUCCAGACUAAGCAAGGAAAUAUCUGAGAAAAGUCAUCGAUUAAGGCAAAUGAGGGGAGAAGAACUCCAAGGAUUAAGUAUUGAAGAGUUGCAGCAAUUAGAGAGGUCUCUCGAAGCUGGAUUGACUCGCGUCAUAGAGAGAAAGGGUGAUAAAAUAAUGACAGAGAUCAACCAGCUUCAGCAAAAGGGCAUGCAACUAAUGGAAGAGAAUGAAAGAUUGAAGCAACAGGUGAUGGAGAUAUCCAAUAAUGGAUACAACAACCCAGGAGCAGUAUUAGUAGCAGUUGAAUCAGAAAAUGGGUAUAUUAAUGAGGAAGGUCAAUCAUCUGAAUCUGUCACUAAUGCAUGUAACUCUACUGGUCCUCCUCCUCAAGAUGACGACAGUUCUGAUACUUCUCUCAAGUUGGGGCUGCCCUACUCAGGUUGAAGGAAAGAGCAAAGUCAGAUAACAAUUAAAAGCAAAGAUGUGACUAUUUUUUGUAUCUGUUGACUACUAAUAUGGUGGAUUAAUGUAAAAGGCUAACCCCAAGAAUUUCAGAUUCAUGUUUGGCUAAUGGUUCUUGAAAGCAUCGAAAGUUGGUGUCUUUCCUAUGUAUUCGUCUCUUUUUGUUGUAUUAUAAUAGUAUGUAUCUAACUUAACCUUAUAAAUCUAUAAUUAAUUUGGCAACUUAUUGUAGUUUUUA